AUGUUAUUUCAACAAGCACUUGUUCUCGCCACCGUGGCCAUCGGCGUUACCGCAGAGUGCCAAUCUGCUCCUACUAUGUGUAAAGGACUGGGAGGCCUUGAAGCCCGCUUCGACCAAGGAUGGAUUUGUGCAAGUGAUAUGGAACUUCCUUGUCUCACUGGAUGUACCGGCAACCCGAACAAAAAUGAAACUCAGGGCAUGACGGGGGUUGUUAAAUGCUGCAAGCCCUGCGUGUGGUGA